AUGUCAAAACACACGAAUGUCAUUCAAUGAAAGGGUGAACUUGAAGCAUUUAAUUUUACAACAAAAAUUAGAGUGGUAAAUACUGGACACAUUUUAUUAACAAGAAACUGCCAUGGUUUGUUAUUUAUGCCCUACUACCUCUAAAUCUGAAUAUGACUGCAUUCAAACAUCGGUGGAAAACAUUAUAAAACAUUGUUCAUAUUUAAAUCAGGAACAUCAAAAACAAUGUAAGGAAAUUCAUUUGUUAAAAGAACGAAAUAAGCAACUUAACGAUGUUGUAACAAUGAUGCAACGUCAAAAAACAACACAGUCGUGUAGUCAGGAUUUUAUUUCAGCGAAGAGAAGACGGAAACAAAGUAUUAAUGAAAAUACAUUUGCUAUUGAUUCAAGCUCCAGUGACACAAGUUUUAAUGAUGAGUUGCCGCAAACAUCCAAAUUAAAUGUAGCCCUUGACAGUGAGGAACUUUUGGAAUGUUCAGAAUUGAAUGCUACAGUUGAUGACGAGAACAUAGCCGAAACUGAAAAUGUAAUAAAACGCAAAGAUUCGCUUUUAACUGCCAUUCGGAAGAACAUAUCCGUAAAUAGUUUAAGAGAAACAAAUACUAAUAAUUCAACUAAAACAGUAGUAAAUAUGAAUAAAAAUAAUAACAAUAUAAACAAGGCUGAUUGGCUGGCAAAAGGGGCUUCACAUCAAAAAAUAACACAUUUUAUUGCUCCGUUGCCUUCAGAAAAUGCUCAGUUAACGAAAAAGGAUAAUGACAAGAAAAUAAAUCUUUCAUUAAAUAAAAAAAAUAUACACAAAUUUAAGCAAACCCGUUUGCAAUUAGAUGGACCACAUGAACAUAGUUACGAUAAGGUUGGCAAACUAGUGAAUAACGAUGUAAUAAUUAAUAGUCCAUUAGCUAAUUCAUCUUUAAAACAAUCUAAAGCUUCCCGUUCGUGGCUGCUAAGAGUAAGUAAUAAUUCAAAAGAAAAUGUAGAAAGGUCUGCAGAAAAAAAUUUACACGUUUCUGAUCACAUGGCUAAUAAUGACACCAAACGAGACAAUCAUGCCAGUCAAAUUGAGUUUGAUAUAUCUAAUAACGAUAUUACAAAGUCUGAUGAGUUACUGGCAGAUAUAUUAGCUGAAGAACUCAACGAAGAAAAAACUAGUGAAAAAAGCGUUUUGGUGUUGACUCCGGCAACUCAGGAUAUAAUAUUUUUGGAUGACACUGAUAUAGAUAGUGAUAUAAUCGUUAAUCAUAAAGAACGUGCAAGUUUGAAGAAUUCGUGUGAACAUGAGAGAGAUAACUUGAUUGCAAAAUCAACUGUUUCCAAUAUUAAUAUUAAGAAAGAAAUGUCUUCUCAGGACAACACAAAUAUUUUAGACGAAACAUAUGUAAAAGAAUUAGAAGAAAUAGAGAAUGUUAAAGAAGAAAAUCGAAGUAUCUUCACUGAUAAAAUAAAAAACAAGUUACCUGAUGCUAAGUAUACGGACGAUAGUGAAGAUUUUAUGGUGUUGCCGAUAAUGGUGAAGGAGGAAGAAUGUAGUGAAGAACUACUUCAUAAAAAACAAAGUAUUAAAGAACGUUUUAAAAUUGACUGCCAGGAUUGUUUAAAAUAUAUAGCAUUUCUUGGUGAUAAUUUAAGUGAUAGAGAAAUUAUGUCACAUAUACGUCAAUGCUCACGCCAUAAGGAAGACGAGUUAUUAAGGUGGAAUACUCCAGAUGGUUUUUGGGAUCCAUUUAUACGUUCCUUUAAUGAAAAUGAUCCACGUAAAGAAGUUUUAAUUGACACUCGUUUCGCUAAUAAACGAGGAGGAAAAUAAGGUCUUUGUCUAUGUUUUUAUGACAUUCCAAUUAAAAUGAACUGAUACAUAUCUAAAAUUUGUUAAAUUUUAUAUCGAUUUGGUU